AUGAGCGAGACUCUACUCCCUACCCUUGACGCCGAGAGCUGGCACUGGGACUCAAUGGAUGCUAACCAGAUCACAUUUAACAGGAAUGGCACGGGCAAGGCGAGCUGCCAUACAGAGGUGCAUAAAUACAGAAUAAACGAGUCGCUGCUCACGGAUGACGCCUUCCUGCCGAAGGCGUACACCCUUAGCCUAGAGAAAGGCAAAUUCCUUACACCUCUCGACGCCAUGCGAACAGAGGAGAUCCAGUAUACCCCGAGGUUCGCACUUCGUCUAGUGUUUGACAAGUCGCCGUACCCUCCGGGACAUGAGUGGAAGGAGCUAGGAGGAGCACCAGACGCAAUGAAGCUUUGGGAGUGA